CAUCAAAACCAUCUCUUGCCAUACACAACAGACAAAGAAGAAUUCCACCAUCCUAAAAACCCAAAAUCCCUUUCCGCAACCACCAACAUGGAGAACACCUCAAUGACUGUGAGAGGAGAGAAAAGCCACCUGGUCCUGAAUGUGAGGCCAACAAUCGUUAGGGCUAGAGGUAGCGGCAUGGCCAUGCUCCUCGGCAAAUGGAUCACAGAUACUAGCAUCAAUGUGCACAAAGCAAAGAAUGCAGCCAUCGGUAAAUGGCGAGCCUAUGGGGAUGUCCAAGCAAAAAAAGAGGCAGAGAACUUAUUCGUCUACACCUUCCAGUCACAACAGCAACGAGAUGCAGUAUGGGAGACCAGGCCCUGGAACCUCAGCAACACCCUCAUCGCACUGAAAAAAUGGGACGGGGAACAAAAGGCGGAAUCUGAUGACAUCAACACAAUCACACUAUGGAUACAGAUGCACGACCUUCCCCAAUCACUCAAGGAUGAAGAAGCAAUCCAAGCCCUCGCGGAAUACAUCUUCCCCACUUCCAUUGCAUUGAUCAGUCCAACUUUGAUUUCAGGGGAUGGCUAAAGUUCAUUAGAGCCAAGGUGGAGGUCCAACUGGAUCAACCCAUACCCAUCGGCUUUGAGUACCCGCUGGCGAAAAAAUCCAUAUGGGUCAGCUUCAAAUAUGAAAGGAUAAUGGACCUUUGCUACUUUUGCGGGAGACUGGGACACUUGAUCCACAACUGUCUCGAAAGGGAGGAUCACAGGAGAAGAGGCUUGAGCAUCGACCCGUCGGAAGUAUACACAGCAGCAAUGAAAGCUGGGCAUGAUU